UUUUUUUUUUUAUCCAGCAGCCUGAAGGAGGGUCAUCCUCAAAUCAUUCACUGCAUCGAACAACCACUAGCUUGCGUACGAUAUCCCCUUUUUAUUACUCCACAGACCCACCUCUACUCUACCCUACUCUACCCUACUCUACUCUACUCUACUCUAUUCAAGACGAUGGUGCACCCCGGAAUCAUCGUUGCCAGCGUCUUUGGCGUGGUGGUCACUGGAGUGGUGAUCUAUACGAUUAUCAAGGAGGAGAUCCAUGACUUCCUAGAGUCCUUUGAGAAGCCCAGUGGCGUCCCAUACGGAUACGAGCAAACACGAGACCAUGGAGAACGACAACAACAUCGGGAGCAUGGGUUCGCACAGGACGACUAUGACUUUGAGCACGGACAUGGCCAGUCCUCUUCCAUGUACAUGGCGGACUAUGAAUUGCGACACCGUCGAUCCCGGCGACUGAGCGAGGACGACGAAAAUGAUAAUGAAAAGGACUCUGAACACGAUGCCCUGACGGAACGACUACGCAGACUGAACGAGACCCAGCGCACCAUUGCUGCUGACGAGGCUCGUGUUGCAGAAAUGGGGCGGUCCAUGCGAGAACGUGAGGAGGCCUUGCAGCGAUCCAUGCUUGAGCAGGAAGAACGCCUUGAACGGGAGCUGCGUGAGUCCAAGGAGCGCAAUGCCAGACGCGAGCAGGAAUUGGCCCAGAUUCGACAGCAGCAGCAGCAAUUGCAGAUGCCUCAGUUGUCCGAGAUUUAUCAGAAUCCCUUUGCCAGCAGCGAGCCCUUGAUCCCUGACCGUGACGAUGAUGGCAUUCAACAGCGCGAUAUCCAGACAACGAACAACCACAGCACACCAACGACAGAGGAGGUCAGCUCACGAACCGCCCAUGCUAUCUUGCGUCACAACUUGAGCAGCAACUAUCAGGAGAAUGUGAACCCGUUCGAGGACCCUUCUGCUCUCCUCGAGAAUACAUCGUCGUUGUCUACUCGAUCGUCUGUUGCUGGGGAGGACGACGGCGUGGACGCCUUUGCGGACGCGGAGGAUCGAUCCAUCACUGUGGGCCGUGAGGACGAGGACGAGGAAGAGGACCUAGACUGGACCGAGGCCGAAAUUGGCAGCAUUGGAUCGCACGAUUCGGACGAGUCUUGGGUAUCGCACUAAGCAUGCGAAGCAACAGUGCCACACGGCUGUGCGAUGCUUUUUCUUCUUUUCUUUUCGGCUAGAGCUGUGCCAUGGUGCCAUUGGUUCAUUAAAUAAAACAUUUUUAUCUGUUCCUCCGUUGAA